CGAAUCGCGGACGAAUUAUACCAUACGAGUGACUCGACUGGCCCUGUUAUUACAAUAGUAUAAAAUAUUUAUGAUGUCCUUAAUUCUUAUACGCAUAAUAUGUUAUCGUUAUACUUAAUUACUUAAUUAAUCUAAUUUUCAAUAUUGUAUUAUAAGUCGUAACAUACGUUUUAAAAUUGUAUAUAAUACGAGUCUAUCACAGUAAUUACGUACAUUUUGAUAAUAUUUCGACAAACCAGUGAUCUGUUCGAUCGAAAAUUCACACUGCUUAUUGUACAAUUAUUUUUCUUGUUUUUAAACGCUAGUGAUCAACGAUAACUGUCGCCAAAAAAAUAAACUUAUAUUCUCUGUAUUAAUAGUAUUUCUAGUAUACUCGUCAAUGGUUGUGGUCGAGGUUACGAUGUUUUAGAUUGAUUUAUUUAGUGGCUUUUUUUGAUUUUAAAUUAACUAAGUACCAACUAUUGUAGUAGUUAACCAACUACUACAAUGUCUUUCACAUUCUCAGCGUUCACUUAUAUCGUGGCCAUGAUAUCAGAUGCAUUUUUAUUAUUUUUUUCAAUAUUCCAUAUAAUUGCAUUUGAUGAACUUAAAACUGAUAGCAAAAAUCCAAUAGAUCAAUGUAACAGCCUAAAUCCAUUAGUGAUUCCUGAGUAUAUGCUACACUUCUUCUUCAAUAUUUUGUUUUUGUUUGGAGGCCAAUGGAUUUCAUUUGCUAUUAAUAUACCAUUAAUGGCUUAUCAUAUAAAAAGAUAUCAUAACAGGCCAGUUAUGUCUGGUUUUGGUCUCUAUGAUCCUACAAGUAUUAUGAAUGCUGACAAAUUGUAUACAUAUCAACGUGAGGGUUGGAUAAAAUUAUCGUUUUAUCUGUUUUCGUUUUUCUAUUACUUAUAUGGAAUGAUACGGGCAUUGAUAACAGUUUAAACCAAAGUUACUUCUAGCAAAUUUCUUCUUUUCAUAAUAUGUUUUGUACAUAUUUGUUCAUUUUUUAUCGGUAUAAAACAGCUAUUUUUUAUUUAAGUCUACCUCAGUAUAUAUAUUUACAUGUUAUGGGCAAAGUAAGAAAUUUAGGCAUUGUAUAACAAUAUCCAGGCACUGUGCAAAAUGGCCUAAUAUUUUAAUAAUAUUAAUUCAUCAGUUGUAAGAACCCAAUUGGAUACCUAAUAGAUUUAAAAACUAAUAUUUGAAACGUCUAUUUCAGAUUUUUUUUUUGAUUAUUUGUACCCUGUAAAAUUGUUUAUUUAAUUUUUAAUAUAGGUAUUUAUUCUACAGUGUUCAAAUUUAAUUAUACAAUGUUAACUUAUUCUAACUUUGCCCUUGUGCACAGUGCCCGACUUCCUACUGUGCCUGUAACAUAUAUAUUAUAUACAUGUAUAUAAUAUACUAUAUAGAAAAUUAUUCAAACAGAAUGUAACCACAUAACAGCACAAUUGUUUUAAUUUGUUUUAUUGUAUUUAGUGACAUAAACAAAAAAAUGUGAAAAAAUCAUUUUUUGAUUUAUUAUUUUAUAAGUUUUGUUUAUGUGUAUUACGAAAUAUUUUAUAUUUACAAUAUUAAAUUUUUUAUAAUAGAUGUGAAAAAAAAUGUUAAGUUAUUGUGUAUAUUUUUGGGAUGUAAGGAAAAAGAACCAAUGGUAUUUGUUUAUUUUGUUGCCUUGCUACUCAUAUAAUAGUAGUAUUGUACGCUUGAUAUAUAUAUAAAUACCAGAGUCCACCAAGUCCAUAGUACCUUUAAUAUGAUGAUAAUAAAAUUGUAUGUCUGACAAUAAUAAUAUAAUUUAUAAAA